AUGGUGUACACUCUAUUGCGAUAUCUACAGGAACCCAAUCCAAGGCUACGCGUUUUCGAAAGAGCGAGCACCUUCACUCAAGGCGGACAAUGGCAGUCUAUAGAAAGGAUUGAAAACUGGCCGGAGUUUGCUGAUCUCAAAAGGAAGUUCCUAGGCCGACUGGAUAGACCGAUUGAGCCCGAUUCCCUCACAAAAGUGGCCGAGCAAAGUGGCUUCAACAGCAUUUACGAUGAAAAUGGUCUGGCGCAACUUCACGGCACAACAAUUGUAAUACCGGUGGGCAAGGCUCUGCCUGAGGACACUUUCAUCAGGCCUGGUGGUGAAAUUAGCGUUGACCAACCUGAUCUUCGCCCUGAUUGGGGUGCAACUAUGGAAACCGCAUCCGGCGGUCGUCGGCCCAUCGUAUGUGGAGAUACAAAACUUGGUUGGAAUGUACACGCAGCUGCGAGAAUAGUUGGUAGUAACCGACAUGGAUACGAGGAUGUAGAAGGACGUCACCUCGUCCUCCCAUUGGAGCAACUUCAACAUUAUUGCCUGGGUUUCGACUAUGUUGUCAUUUCAUACUGUCGCCUGAAUCGAAACGUUCUCCGCGGCCAAAAAGGACUCAAAGGGGUUAUCAUCAACACGCGCGAAUUCAGUCCACUUCAACGGCAUCGAGCGGAUUAG